GCUCCCAACUACCUAGUAAAUCAAACUUAAACAUUUUUCUCCUUUUUUUAUAUAAAAAGUUAUGAUCUGAAGUUCGUGUCCUCACUUUCCCUUUUCCUCUCUUCUUCUCCGCAGCUUAGUUACACAUUUAUGGUGACGGGAGAGUAUUUGCAUAUUAGAUCACGACUGAAGUAAGCAAGGUAACAUUUGAAUUGGUCUUAUACGGCAAAGGAUAUAAAGGAUUGCCAACAGAGUGGCCAUAACCGUGUAAAAGCGUAAAUUACUUAGAGACUAUUCGGCUUCAAAUAUAGUUCAACUUGCAGGCCAAAAGUCAACCGGAAUGGAUGGGAUUGCCCUGCUGGCGGCCGCCGUGGGCGGAGGCGGCGGCGGAGGUCCGGCUCCGUUCCUUCUGAAGACCUAUGACAUGGUGGACGACUCGGCUACCGACGACAUAGUGCAGUGGACUCCCGACGGCCACAGCUUCGUGGUUUGGAACCCUCCCGAAUUUGCGCGGGUUCUCCUCCCGACCUACUUCAAACACAACAAUUUCUCAAGUUUUAUUCGUCAGCUCAACACCUAUGGUUUCCGAAAGAUUGACUCGGAAAGAUGGGAAUUUGCUAAUGAAGAAUUUAUGAGAGGCCAAAAGCAUCUCCUUAAGAAUAUCCACCGCAGAAAACCAAUUCACAGUCAUAGUCAUCCUCCAGGUUCUGCAAUAGAUCCGGAAAGAGCUGCAUUUGAGGAAGAAAUCGAUAAGCUUACUCAUGAGAAGAGCACACUUGAGGCUAACCUCUUAACUUCCAAACAGCAACAGUCCACUGCAAAGCAGCAGCUUGAACAACUAACUCAGCGGGUUGGUAAUAUGGAGCAAAGACAAGAAAAUUUGUUGGCAUAUUUCAAGAAAGCUGUCCAAAAUCCUAAGUUUGUUCAGUGCCUUGCUAAAAAACUAGAAUCCAUGGAUUUUUCAGCAUAUACCAAGAAAAGAAGAUUGCCUCUAGCAGUAGAGCAUUCAUUUCCUGUUGAAGAGACAGUCUUGGUAGACAACCAUAGCAGUUGCAGAUCUGAGCUUGGUAACAUUUGCCGUCAAGAUCUC